AUGAUCUCCAAACGUCGCCGCGCUUUUCAUGCGUCAAACCACAAUUCCAACGUACCUGGCGUUGAACCGCAGUUUCUAUUGGGAAAUUUGCUGCAAAGUGGUGCUCUUUCUGGUAAACCAUAUUUCCAAAUAUUUUCAGACUAUCAAGAAAAAUACGGCGAUAUUUUCAAAUACCGGUUUGGUCCUCAUAGUGUUGUUGCAUUCAAUCGAUUGGACCAUGUUCAGUACAUAUUUGCACAUCGUCACAUAUACGAUCAUGCCAAAUUGGCCUCGGAAACGUUUAGUCUGUUAACUCCGAAUGGGCUUAUCGCUCUCACAGGUGCAAAAUUCAAGCGACACGCUCGUGUUAUGUUACCAAUGUUCAAAAAAUCAAAAGUUGUUCCGUAUUUGGAAACUGUAAAUGAUUGUACAGACGAACUGUUACUACAAAAAUGGCGUGCAGAUGGAAAUGAAAAAUUGCAGACCGACAUUAUUAGACAAUGUCAAGAUCUUUUACUGUGUAUAAUAACAUCGAUUGCGUUUGAUUAUGAUUUAAAAACGGCAGAAAGCUCGUCGCCAGUGAGACUGGCGAUUAAGGAAUUCGUCGACAAUUUUGUCAAAAUCCUUUUGCUUAGUGGAACACCCACUAUAUUCAGUCGACUCUAUUUGAAAUUUAAUUGGAAGUAUCAAAAGGCGCUAGUUGUGCUGCGGAAAGAGGCUGACGAUAUUAUUAGAAAGGAACGGGCCAGACAAGAAAAAGAACAAGAAAUUGAAAACGCAAUCAACACGAAACGCAGAAAUCUUAUUUCACUAUUAGUGUCGUCGCUCAAUGAAGACGUCGGCGGAGAUUAUAAACAAGGCUUAACCUGCGAGGAACUGCUUGAUGAAAUAUUGUUAUCUAUAGUCGCCGGUUUCGAAACAACAUCGACGGUCUUGGCAUGGUUCAUUUUUCACAUGAGCAAAUACCCAGCUAUUCAAGAAAAGAUUAAGGAAGAACUGAAAUUGCACAAUGUGACAAAGAAAACAUCACUAACAAAUGAAUUACUGGAUAAAUUAGAAUAUAUUGAUUGUGUGCUGAAAGAAGUUCUUCGUUUUUCACCGAUUAUGGAUGGAACACUGCGAACACUUGUUGAAGAUGAUCAGAUUGAUGGGGUUCAAUUGCGAAAAGGCGAUUCGGUGUAUAUCGGCCUAAACAAUAUUCACCGUGAUAAGCGUUUGUGGAAACUGGAUCCGGAUCAAUUUUUACCCGAACGAUUUUUGGACACAGAUGAUAAAAACCAACCAAUAUGGACGUUUGGUGGUGGACAUCGAGCUUGCGCCGGACAGGAUCUAGCUCGAUUUGAACUCAAAGUUAUUUGUACACGUUUGAUGCAAUCGUUAACAUUUCUGGAUAGUGGCGAUGAACAAAAUUCGGGUGGAUUUUUACAACGAAUAACCUGUCUGCCAAAAAGAUUAGCUGUUUAUUGCAAGUUCGACUAA